ACGACGUAACGUAUUACGUGUUCCAAGAUGUCAGCUCGCAGUAAACGACAGGACUUGUGUUGUGAAGCGUCUGGUUACUCCCACCGUGACAUUAUGUUAGUUUCUUUCUGAUAGCAGAUUGUACGCUUAAAUAAACUCACCAAAUGCGCUUUUAUUUGAGAACAUGUCAGAACGUUAGCGCGUGACUCUGGAGACACGGUUCAGAAGAUGGUGGAAGGUACCCGAGUGGCGCCGUAAGCAACUGUUUCACAAACUACAAAAACAUUUCAGUCCGAGAGAAGAUGUUUCCCGCUACGUGGCGCCGACUGUGCCGCAGGGCUCCGUCCUGUCCGGCGCCGAGGACGCAGAGCCUGCUGGCCGGCUCCGGGCCGUCGUACUGGAGCAAAGUGGUGUCGGACGCGGAGAGGCUCGUCGGGUACCCGACCUCCUUCAUGAGUCUCCGCUGCCUGCUGAGCGACGAGCUCAGCAACGUGGCCAUGCACGUGCGCAAGCUCAUCGGGACGCAGCACCCGCUGCUCAACACUGCGAGGGGCUACGUCUACGACAGCAGGAGCAACCUCCAGACCCGGGGGCUGAUCGUACUGCUGAUGUCGAAAGCGGCGGGGCCGAGCCACGCGGCCUCCGACCUCCUGCCUCAGGACAUGGUCAGCGGCAUCUACCCGAGCCAGCGACACUUGGCAGAAAUCACCGAGUUGAUCCACACGGCGUUCCUGGUGCAUCGUGGGAUUGUCGAUCUGAAGGGGUGGACGGACUCAGACGGCCCGCUGAAGGACAUGGAGUUUGGGAAUAAGAUGGCGGUCCUGAGCGGCGACUUCCUCCUGGCCAACGCCUGCACCGGACUCGCUCAACUGAAUAACACAAAGGUUGUGGAACUGAUCUCGAGUGCCAUCGGCGAUGUGGUCCAAGGGAUCUACAGCGAGAACAACAGUACUACUGAGGAGAACGCCGGCGUCGACGCGGCGGCGUGGGAGGACCGCGCCUUCCUGUCGCACGGGGCGCUGCUGGCCAAGAGCUGUCAAGCUGCCUUGGAGCUCGCCAACCACGACAAGGGGUCCCAAAGUUUGGCCUUCAAGUACGGCAAGCACAUAUCGCUGGGCCACAAGCUGAACUCUGACCUGCAGCCGUUUGUGAAGAGCGACGCGGGAGAGCCGGCGUCGUUCAGUCUGAGCGCCGCCCCGGUGCUUUUCCACCGGCAGGUCGUCGGCCAGGAGAGAUGGCGUCAGCAGCUGCAGCAGGCCACAACACUGAGGAACCAGCUGGAUUACUCAAAGCUUUUGGCAGCAGUGAAGUCGGAGAAAGGCGUGAGCUCAGGUGACUUAUGCCGUUACCAUGGCAACAGGGCUCUGGAGGCCAUCCAGGUUUUCCCCUCCUCCGAAGCUCGAUCCGCCUUGGAGAACAUCGCCUCCGCCAUCACCCGAUUUUGAGCUGGACACACACACACACACACACACACACACACACUCUUGCAAACACAGCU